AUGGGAUCGGUGAUCAACAAAGAAGCUGUCGCCGCUGAUAAAGAGCCGGCAACAAAUGGAGGUGUUGCAGAUAACAGUGUUGUGUAUAAAGUAUAUCCAGCUCGUUGGCUUGUCCUUGCAGUGUGCUGCUUUCUUGCCCUAUCGAAUGCCAUGCAAUGGAUAAGCUUCAGUUCAUUAUCCGAAGAAGUUCAAAUGUAUUAUCGAGGAAAGCCGGCGAACCAAAGUAUGGAAGUUUCCCUUGUUACAAAUCAGAUUUUCCAGUUUGUCGCUGUAUUCACAGGUUUUGGAGGAAUGUACAUAACAGAUAAUAAGGGUAUCAAAACAGCUGGACUUCUCGGAACAAGUCUCAAUGUAAUCGGUGCUACUAUUCGAAUGAUUGCAUCACUUCCAUUCAUAGAAUCUCACUUUAUUCGUGAAACUCUCCUCCAUACUGGAUCAUUCAUUGCUGCUUCCGCUCAAGCAUUCUUUUUAGUUCUUCCGUCGAAAAUUGCAGAGUGUUGGUUUCCGGGAGAUCAGAGAGCCAUCGCCAAUGUUCUUUCUUUCGUUGCAAACCCAGCUGGUGUUGCACUCGGAACAAUCGUCCCUUCCGUCCUUUUCAAAAACUACACACAUGGAAAUCCAAACAGUUGGAUGUUCUUCUCAUUUACACUCGGAAUGGAAUUCCUUGCCUUCUUCCCAUUUAUUCUUGCUCUUUUCGUUCGUUCGAAACUGCCACCGACACCUCCAUCUGCUUCGUCUGCAGCUCAUCAAAACAAUAUUGGUUUUGUAAAAUCAAUUCUUCAGUGUAUUUUAAAUGUGCAAUUCUUCAUUCAAAUGACACUUUUCGCGUUUGCAUUUUCACUUCUCUGGAGUUUAAUGAUAUUCCUCGACGGACCACUCAAAGAUCAGGGUUAUAAUAUGGCUGGAUAUCCUACUGCCGUGUGUGCCGUCGUAGGGACGAUGACUUCAUUGCUCGCAGGGCAUAUUGCUGACAAAACACGCAGGUUCAAGGAAAUCAUCAGAGUUUGUACUGUUGGAUUCUCAUGUUCAGUGAUAACAUUGAGAAUGUUCCUGGAUCGACCGGCAGACAAGUCUUUGGAUUCGUGGGAUCCUAUCAUAGUUUACAUUCUCUGUGGUUGUCUUGGUGCAUUCUCGAUACCACAGUUUCCAAUCGGUGUUGAGCUUGGAGUUGAAACAACAUUCCCUGUAAUGGAGGCCACUUCUUCUGGAGUUCUUGUCAUAUUUGGAUCACUGUUCAUGUUCAUUAUUCCAUUCGUGCAAACAUAUACGGAAGGUUUGAAACUUUUCUAUCAGCAGUCUUGGAAAUUCGCUCUCGAUGUGACCUGCGCUUUGUCACUUGUAUCUGUCACUUUGUCGUUGUUCUUCCUCAAGCCAAGGUAUCGACGAUUGGAAUUGGAAAAUGCAAAGUUGGCUCUGGGGAGAGAAGAACCAGACACAGCUCGAACAGUAGUUGCUUCCGACAUUGAGAUGCGCUAA